GCUUUUUGACUGGCUAUAAUACCCUGUUUGCUUUUCAGCUCCUAAGAAGAAUGGUUAGUUUUCUGAGGAGCCAGCUGAGGAGGAAACACAAGCAGUGAAUAAAGGCAACUGAGAACGUGCAGAGCCCCUGCCAGAGAUCCUUGAGACAGCAAAUUGCAUUUACUUAGUAAGCUCGUUGAUAAUGGAUCUCUAGAACAGUAUCCAGCAUGUGGUGACCAUGGCAUCUGAAUCUACCAUGAAGUCCCCCAUUUGUUUAGUGGAAAACUGGAAUGAGCAACUGACAGUGAAUUCAGAAGCCUUGAGGAUUCUUGAAAAGAUAUGUCAACCUGUGGUGGUGGUGGCCAUUGUAGGGACAUAUCGUACGGGGAAAUCCUACCUCAUGAAUCAACUUGCAGGACAGAACCAUGGCUUCCCCCUGGGAUCCACAGUGAGGGCUGAGACCAAGGGCAUCUGGAUGUGGUGUGUGCCCCACCCCAGCAAGCCAAACCACACCCUGGUCCUCCUGGACACUGAGGGCCUGGGUGACGUGGAAAAGGGUGACCCUAAGAAUGACUCCUGGAUCUUUGCCCUGGCCGUGCUUCUCAGCAGCACAUUUGUCUACAACAGCAUGGGCAUCAUCGACCAACGUGCCCUGGAACAGCUACACUAUGUGACUGAACUAACACAUCUAAUCAGGGCAAAAUCUGACCCCACACCAGAUGAAGUAGGGGACUCCUCUGAGUUUGUAAGUUUCUUUCCAGACUUUGUUUGGACUGUUCGAGAUUUCACACUGGAACUGAAGUUGGAUGGACACCCCAUCACAGAAGAUGAGUACCUGGAGAAUGCUUUGAAGCUGAUUUCAGGAAACAAUAAAAAAAUCCAAAAAUCCAAUAACUCUAGAGAGAGAAUCAGAUGUUUCUUUCCAAAACGAAAGUGCUUUGUCUUUGACCGGCCUACAAAUGACAGAAGCCUGUUAUCUCACAUUGAUAAAGUUCCACAAAACCAGCUGGAAAAGAAUUUUCAGGUGCAAUCAAAGAACUUCUGUUCCUAUGUCUUCACCAAUGCGAAGACCAAGACCCUGAGAGGGGGAAUCAUUGUCACUGGAAAUCGGUUGGGGACUCUGGUGGAAACCUACGUGAAUGCCAUCAACAAAGGAACCAUUCCUUGCUUGGAGAAUGCAGUGACCACUCUGGCCCAGCGUGAGAACUCAGCAGCUGUGCAGAAGGCAGCCAACCACUACAGUGAGCAGAUGGCCCAGCGGGUGCAGUUCCCCACAGACACACUCCAGGAGCUGCUGGAGGUGCACACAGCCUGUGAGAAGGAAGCCAUCGAAGUCUUCAUGGAGCACUCCUUCAAGGACGACAAUCAUGAGUUCCAGAAGAAGCUUAUUGAAACCACAGAGAGAAAGAAGGAAGCUCUCUUGCUGCGGAAUGAAGAGGCAUCUGUCAAAUACUGCCAGGCUCAGCUGGAGCAGCUUUCAGAGGCCCUGAUGCAAAGCAUCUCAAGAGGAGCAUUCUCUGUUCCUGGAGGCCACAGGCUCUACUUAGAAGCAAAGAAGAAGGUGGAAUUUGACUACAAGCUAGUGCCCAGGAAAGGAGUGAAGGCAAUGGAGGUCCUCCAGAGCUUCCUACAGUCACAGUCUGUUAUAGAAAAAUCCAUCCUGCAGUCAGACAAAGCCCUCACUAAGGGAGAGAAGGCCAUAGCAGCUGAGCGGGCCAAGAAGGAGGCAGCCGAGAAGGAACAGGAGCUGCUAAAACAGCAGCAGAAGGAGCAGCAGGAAAAGAUAGAGGCCCAAGAGAGAAGCUUCCGGGAAAAUGUGGAACAGCUUAAGGAGAAGAUGGAGAGAGAAAAGGAGAACAUUCUGAGAGAGCAGGAAAAGAUGCUGGAGCACAAGCUGAAGGUCCAAGAAGAAUUUCUUACUGAAGGAUUUAAAGAAAAAUCUGAGGCAUUAAGUAAAGAGAUAAAUCGACUAAAUGAAGAGAUUGAAGCAUCUAAAAAAAACAGUCGCUCGAUAUUUUCACAGAUCCUUACUGGAGUUGGCAGUGUUUUCCUUGCAGUACUCCCUGGGGCUGGUAAAAUAGUUGGUGCAGUGUUGACUCUCAUAGGCAGUCUUUUUGAAUAACCUGAGGAUUCCUGAUAGGAAAUUAUAAAAAGAGGCAUCUUUUAUUUGAAUAGCUACUUUUAAGGUACCUGUGUCAUAUCAGUUUCAUUCAAGAGAUGUUCGAGAAUAAAAAGCAAUUAUCAAAGAUUAUCAGAGUAUAUUCUGAGAAACAAUAUUUAUUGAAGAAAUCAUAAAUGACUAAGACAAUAUGAGAUGAUUUCUAGAGAAGAUUUUAAGUAAAACAAAAAUUUAAAUAGCAAUAAUGAAGAAAAUAUUUGAAAUUCAUAUAUGAGGAGCUCUGUGGGAAGUGACUAACAACUGCAUUAAGUAGAAAGAAACAUAAGAAAAAAUUUAAAUUUACUAAUAAAAAGUGUGCACAAUAAAACUGUGAAGCACAUAGUUUUGCCUUCUUUGUGGGUAGUGAAGGACAGGUUUAAUAAUAUACAUAAAAAUUUAAAAUGCACAUACCUCUGAUCUAGCAAUUCCACAUAUAGGACAUUCUCUUAUGUAUCUCUUCACUCAAAUGAAAAUGAUAUUUGUAGUGGUUUACUUAUUUCAGGAUCAUGAUGAUUACAAAAGACUGGAAGCAACUGAAAGUUCCUCUGUCAGGUACUGAUAUGGGAAAUCUUAAGACAUGCUUUCAGAAAAAUACCCUAUAAUGAUUGUUAAAAAGGAUGGGGGGAGUUGUAUGUGUCGGGAAACAUCUCCAAGAGGCAUCUUAAGUGAAAAAAUAUAGAAAGUGUGAAUAAUUUAUAAAAUAAUGAGUAUGUACAUAUGGUAUAACCUACAUGUGGAAAAUACAAAAUAAACUAGUAUAUAUGUCACAAUAGGAAGGCACCUGUCUAGUUGAGGUGAAAGAAGACAGAACGACUAACUUUAUACUAUAUUUUCUUCCAUGCCUUAACACUUCCUAUGGAUUUGUUAUAUUCAAACAAAUAUGAAUUCAAUUAGCAAAAUUAAAAAUGAAAUAAUACAUGACUGGGAAAAUCCCAGGACAGGAGGAAAGUGUUUAAUACUACUAGAAAUAGCAAAAGUCAGCUCAACUAGAAAAGUCUGCUCCUGAGAAUAAGGAACUAGAGACCACAAGACAUCCUGAUUUUUUGUUUUUAAUUAUGACCUUUCAAUAAGGCCUUUAACAUCUAUUCCCCAGUAUAUGUUCAGAUAGAAGUCUCUUGCGAUUUUGACUUGAAUGGUCUACAAAUUCUGCCCCAUAUUAAUAAAGAAGGGAAUUUUUUCAUUUGAGUUAAUUCAACAUUUAUAGAAUAAUAAUAAUAAUAAUUUUUAUUAUUUUGUGGUGCUGUGGAUUGAAGCCAUGGCCUUGUGUAUGCCAGGCAAGUACUGUAUCAACUGAGCUAAAUCCCCAGCCCAACAUUUUAGUAAUUCUUUCCAGGUGUCUAGUGCUUCAGAUUUACAGCCAGAAUGAACUCCUAGUAAUUCUACAAGCUGGGCAUGCUCUCUUGACUCUGGACCUUUACAGAUACACAGAGGCUUCCUCAUCAGCCCAGCUUCCUCACCUCUUAUCUUUAUUUGUCAAACUAUGAUAUUCCAUGAAGUCUCCUGUCUAACUUCCUGAGAUAGGAUGGAGCGUCCCUCCCCUCUGCUUUCAUUGUGCCAUAUUGUCACUCUACCAUAGAGCUUUUUAAAAAUAUAUAUAAUUGUGAAAUUGAAAAGUGCUUCUGUCUAUCACCUCUUGAUCUGAGGUACAUGGUCUUCUUCACCACCCGAUCUUUAGUUCCAAGUAGAAAGCCCAUAAAUACCAGGUAUGAACUGUUUAAAUACAUGAGAUGCCCUUCAGGAGGGCCCCAGUUGACCAUGUCCUCACCACAUUUCUCAAUUUCUAAGGCUCUCCAAAUAAAGGAUAAUAUUUGAGGAACUAGUGUAGAAGGGACUCACUGAAACUGAGAGGACUUGUCCACUGGUGUGAAACUGCUGCCUAUUAUCUCUGUAGGACUGGACACCCCAUGUCCCUAAGAUCCUCAAGCUUCUUACUCAUAGUAACUACCCAGGAAUGAAAUCACUACUUUAUUUCCUAGCAAAAUAUGAUUUUAAUAUAAUAAACAAAGUGCCAUAAUCAUGCAAACCUCACUUCUGCCAUAGUCUUUCUAUCAGUCUAGGCUGGUUCUGCUGAAAUAAAACUAGGCAUUUUAUAUAAAGAUUAAAAAAUCUCACUGAAAAUAAUACCCACAGGCUGUCAGAGGAAUCUGCAUAUUGUCCACAGAGCCAGGAGACAGCAGCAUUACAAAUACUUCCUUGUUUCCUCCUUCUUACUAAGGUCCUAGGAGCACACCUGUGCUAUCUUGGGUCUUAAAGUAAUGGUCAGUCAUCUUUUAGUUUCCCCAACCAAAACAUAUAUACAGAGGUUUCUUCCACUGGCAACAGAAUUCCUGCUGCUGAGUCAAUCCCCAAGGGCUUGCUGGUCUCUCUAAGGAAUUUCCUAAACACUGCACAUUGGGAUGGUCUGGUAAAGGACAAUGAGGGGGCAGGCAAAAGCUCUGGUGCCCCAUCACAUCUCCCCAACACACUUGUCCAGCAAUGAAAUAUGAAACCCUCAAAAAGGAAAUGUUGGCAUAUAAUUAUAGCUAUUUGUACAUAAGGAAAUGGUCAGAAGUGAGGCAAAAAAAUAAUAAAAGAAGAGUAAAAAGACUUCCCCAUCCACCCAGUUUAAAUCUUUGUCAUAAGUUGUCAUCUGUUGGGUUAAUGUUUACAGACACCCAAAAGAAGUUUGUAGGCAGAAGGCCCCUCACAUACUUGAAAAUAAAUAAAUACUUGUUGAAUUUUUGAUGGUAUAACAGAUCUAUUUUUUCAAGCACCUUCUCAACAAUUUUGUAGGAAAACAAUUGCACACCACUUGUCUACAUAGUAUUUGGCCAUUUUCAUAACCUCUUGUGCAUUUUACCAGAUUGUGUCGACAUCCCACCUUGCUAGUACCACCUUCUGACAUGUUGGGCUGAAUUUGAGCAAAUUGCAAUAAUUUGUAAUUUCAAGAAUCUUUUCUGUGUUGGAGUUGAAAUUAGGUGUGGGAAUGUGUUAGAAAUAAUAAUAAUAAAAAAAGAACUGAGCAGAUCUCUGAAUACUAGCAGUGGAAAUAACAUAAGGAAUCAGGGAAGCUGAGACAGUUGCAUGGUCUCCUUGUGGCCUCCUCAGUCUCAGAUUACAUUCUGUCACAUAAGCAUGUCCUUCAGAGGGAGGAAGUAAGACCAUGUGACCAAGCUGCCUGCAUCCCCCUGAGGGGCCUCUGUGAAGCAAGGUCUCUUCCAGGGGGAAUUUGGAGAGGUUCUGAGGAAGGUUUUCUAGCCUUAUAAUUAGACCAAAAGCAGCAUCCUCUGUGGAUUGAGGGGUCCCCUUCAGUCCCUAGAACAUGGCACAAGUACAGUGGGCUUCUAGGACUGCUGGGCCUUCUGUCAUGUUCAUGAAAGGGAACAGGCACCUCCUUACUUCUCUUAAGUAAUCACAUCCUGAAUCCCACACAAGGAAGCCCGCUGACUUCAUUAUUUCUUUCAAUUCUUAUGUGACUGAGAGACUCUGAGGAUGAUGAAGGACAAGCACACAGCAUCCAAUGGGCUGAGUUGUGAGCAAGGUAGAAGGUUACUACUCACAAAAGUGAGCCAUUAACUAUCUUCUUGGACAGUUGGGACAUAUUCAGAGAACUUACUAUGUGGUUGUCUCAAAGGCAAAAACAGAGGAUGAUUAAACUCAGGUCAUUGGAGGGAAAUCAGUUAUGGGGAGACAUUUGGAGUUAUGUGCAAAACAAAGCUGUCACAAUGUGUCAUAUGACUGCCCAAUGCUCUCUGCAAUUUCCAGGUGAGCUGAUGAACUGGUGAAAAUAAGAUGGCUGGAGGAAGCCUUAGCAGAAGAAAUUGCUUCUUGGCUACACUGUAGAUUAAAGCAUGCAGGACGAAAGACUGUGAGUGGUUGGGACAUGCUGGGGACUGUCCAUAAAAUGUCUGAUGUUGCUGAAUACACAGAACCCCCUUACCUGCUCUCAUUGCUACUUGCAAUGACUAGAUGCCUCCAAGGGGCAUAUCAAACUAAAUGAUCCUCUGCAAUGAUGUCAGAUGUACUACAUGUGUCCUCUCCCAUUAUCAGAAGGGGACAAAUAUGCUUUGACCUGUGUGAACACAUUACAAGCUUACUUCCAACCUUCCCCAGCAAAUAUAACCAAUGCAAGGGCCAUUGUUAAGGAGCUAAUCUGACUGUGUGCUGUGAAUGGCACACCAUAAUUAAAGGAGAAUGACCCAGUAAUCCAUUUUGCAAGUCAUGACACAUAGUACUCUCAAAUGAGGACAUAUUGCGGAUUUUCCACCUGAAACAUAAUCCAACAGGGGCUGGAUUAAAUGAUAGAACCAAUGCCCUGCUGAAAAAGUCUUGGAGACUGAAAAUACUUCUUAUUUUAUUGGUUAAGUUGAAUUGUCUGCCUGAGGCGCUGAGACAUUAGUGCCUGCAUGAGUGCCAGGCAUGAGCAGUCUGCAAGCAAUUCUAUGUUAACAUGCCCAUGGCACUUAAGAUUACAGAUAAAGGGCACAUCCACUGAUCAUCUUCUCAAACUGGUCAGGGGUACUAAAGUGAUAGUAGGAGCAAAUGUGACUCCAUUUUGUUUUAUGACUUCAUCCUGUAAAACAACCAUGCCAAGUAGAAGAGUCAUGACUGGAGCAAGAUGUUCUUUUCCUUUUGCUAUAGAAACCUUUAAGAACAUGGAACUACCUAAUGGGGCAUUGUUUCUGUAACUAGGGUAACGGGGCUCUGUUUCUGUAACUGGGGUGACUGAGCUAAAUGUGAUUGGUUAGGCUUCCCUCCGCUUGACUGCACUGUCCCGCUUCUGUAACCUGGCUUGCUUGCAUUGGCUAGACCCACCCCCCCAACAUCCCUUUUGCGGUUUUCAGGCUUAUAAGGAGUGCCCUUGCAAUUGUUUGGGGCUGAUCAGGGGAAGAGCUUUAUGUUCUGGUCAGCUGCCACCGGUGUGCUUCAAUAAAGGCUUGAUUCGAUUAUA